UUCAUCUCUUAAGUUGAACUCGCUUCUCUCCCUCAUCUCUAUCUCCCAAUGGAAGUGAAUAACAUAAUGCAAUUUCUUGAGGAUAGGACCAUUUUAGUCACCGGUGGUACUGGCUUUCUGGCCAAAGUUAUGGUGGAGAAGAUACUAAGAGUUCAACCGAACGUGAGAAAACUCUAUCUUCUUAUUAGAGCUUGUGACCUAGAAGAAGCUAUCAAGCGUUUUCAAAUGGAGGUUGCCGGUAAGGACUUAUUUAGGAUACUAAGAGAGAAGCAUGGUGCAAAUAUAGAUACAUUUUUAUCCGAAAAGGUAACUCCUGUGGCCGGUGACAUCGCUAACGAGAAUUUGGGACUGAGGGACUACAAUUUGAUUAAAGAAAUGCAAAGAGAAGUCGAUGUGGUUGUGAAUGCAGCUGCCACCACCAAGUUCUAUGAGAGAUAUGAUCUGGCCCUCAAUAUCAACACGUUUGGAGCAAAACAUGUUUCUAACUUUGUCUUGAAGUGCAUUAACAUGAAGGUGUUUCUCCAUAUAUCUACAGCUUAUGUCUCCAGUGAAAACCAUGGGCUUAUAUUGGAAAAGCAAUUUAAAUCCGGUGACUCCAUCAAUGGGAAAACUAAAGUGGACAUUAACAAAGAGAAACAACUGAUGGAGGAGAAUUUGAAUCAACUGACGACUAUAAAGGCUACGAAUAAAGAGAUUGCAUCUUUCAUGAAGGAUUUGGGUAUCCAGAGGGCUAAGCAUCAUGGAUGGCCAAAUACAUAUGUAUUUACAAAAGCAAUGGGGGAGAUGUUACUUGGAGAGUUGAGGAAGGAUGUGCCCUUAGUCAUACUACGCCCUUCCAUGGUCACCAGCACCUAUAAAGAACCCUUUCCCGGAUGGAUCGAAAAUCUCAGAACCUUUGAUACUGUAUUUGCUGGUUACAUAAAAGGAACGGCGACAUGCUUGCGAGGAGAUCCAGAUUGUAUAAUGGAUAUAGUACCAGUAGACAUGGUGGUGAAUGCUAUGAUUGUCGCAAUGGCAGCUCAUGUGAAUCACCCCAAUUCAGGGAUCAUUUAUCAUGGGACUUCUUCUGCUUCAAACCCCGUUAAAUUGCAUCAGAUUGUAGACUGGUCGGUUGAGUACUUCACUAAACAUCCAUACAUAAACAAGGACGGGUCCAUUAAGCCUCGCGAUUUCAAAUUGUUGACUUCCGACAGAAGCUUUCAGAAAUAUAUUGCAAUUCACUACAAAGUUCCCUUAAAGGCAUUGAAAAUAGCCAACAUGUUAGUUUGUCAAGCUCUUGAUGGUUUAUACACGGAUUUCAGCCGAAAGCUACAGAUUGGAACUCUAUUUUCAGAUCUUUUCAAACAUUACUCUUUAUCGAAAGCAAUCUAUGAUGAUUCCAACCUCAAGAACCUGCUAAACAUUUACAAAGAAAAUGCCGAUGAUGAGGCACAAGUAUUCUUCUUUAAUACGAGUUCUAUUAACUGGAAAGACUACUAUAUGAAUACACAUCUCCCAGGCUUAGUUAAGUAUGCAAUCAAAUAACUACAGCAAAUCCGGAAAACAAUUUCAAUAAGCUUCGGAGUAGUAUGUCGAUUUCUGAUUAUAGUUUGUAUAAGAUUCAUCUCUGUCAAAGGCAAUAAUGUUCUCACGAAUAUAUCUAUUACUAGUUCACUUGUUUGAAUAAUUCAAUCAUGCAGUAUUAAUAAUACUGCAGUAUUAAUAAUACUGAAAGCAUGAGAACAAAGCUUGGGGAUUGUAUCUCUUGAAACCAAAGAUUAAACGAAUAUGAUGAGUUGUUUGUUUGUAUAUUUCAAUGAGGAAUUGUACACAUAGUGCU